GUUAACAGUGUAAACAAAAAGAAAGAAAAAAGAUAGAGGAAAAAAAAAAAAUCCUUGUCUGGACAGAUCCAACAACAGUCUCCGUCCCUCCCAUCAACAAUGUCAGCCCCCCAGCUCCGCCAAGAAGCCCUCUCCCUGUGGGAAACCAACGCCGAGCUCUGGAACUCGGGCAUCGGCGAGCACGGCAACAAAUACUGGAAGCGCCUCCAAGAACCCUCCCUCAGGCGCCUCCUCGGCCCCAGCCUCAGCAAACCAGGCUGCGCUGUCCUGGAGCUGGCCACGGGAAAUGGCCUCUGCGCGCGCUGGCUCGCAGACAAUGGCGCCGCGAGCGUCAUCGCCACGGACGGCACUUUUAACAUGCUCAAGCAGGCUAAAACGCAUCUUGACGCCGACAGGGCCGGCAAGAUCUCCUUUCAGAAGCUGGAUGUGACGGAUGCGAAUGACUUUGUGCCCCUCGUGGAAAAGGCUGCAGAGAUUGGCGGUUUCGAUGUUGUCCUUAUGAACAUGGCCAUAAUGGAUGUCGCCACUCUUGAUCCCCUCGCAGAUGCACUGCCAAAGCUCCUUGGCAAGGACGGCGUCUUCGUUGCCACCCUCCUACAUCCCACCUUCUACACCGCUCCCCAUUCACGCAACCUCGACAUCAAAUUCAAUCGCAGUGGCGACCAGGAGAUCGUCCUUAGUAAAGUUAUACACGAAUACUUAAACGUCGAACCUUGCAAGGGCGUUUUCAUCGUCGGGCAAGAAACCCCGCAGUUUUACUUUCAUCGUCCUGUACAUGAGCUUUUUGGCGUCUUUUUCAAGAGGGGUUUGGUCAUGGAUGCUCUUGAAGAGCCGAGUUUCACUCAAGAAGAUGUUGUUCCUGAAAGAUUGUAUGCCACGGCAAACUUCACGCAAUUCCCAGCUUUGAUGUCUUUUCGAUUUAAAAAAUCAUACUAAGUCAAUUUUGAGGGACUAGCUAUCUACCGGGAAAAGGCAUUUGGUCCAUUAUAUAGAUUAUGGAUGCUUGAGGCUUAAGCUAAGGAUUCCUAAAAUAGUUGGGAAAAAGAGGGUAGUUAGCAGAUCUAUAAUUGUCAAGAUGCGUGCAUGAUAUCAAAUCAAUGGAAUUUGAUACACA